GACUGCCUUGGCUCUCUUUAAACGAACGUAAUUUCAUCGGGAACAUUACAAUGAGUUUAGGUAACUAACGAAACAGGAUGGACUAUUACGCGUUAAUUUAGUUAUUGAUAAGUUGUUUAACUUACGUAAACUAAGUAUUAAAUAAAUUAGUCGCUAUGAGAGAUACGAAGAUUUAAAACUUAGAGGUAGGGCAAUCCAUACAGCGAUAUCGUUUUGCUGAUUCUGAAUUAAGCGCGCGGAAAUCUUUUUGUGGCGAAAUAAUUUAGCAUUUUUCUAUUGUUUGGGGGAACAGCUAUAAUAUAAAAAUAAAAAGGUAAUAGGCAGGAAUUGAUCAUUACUUAUAUGUAUUAAAUUAUCUGUGCUUAUGUGGUGUUACAAGGCGUAGUGAUUCUCCAUGACUCGGUGGCGUCAAGGGAAAUUUAACGAAAUUGUUUCCUUCAUUGACUAAUUGAAAUUGUUAUUUUCAUGAACUACUUUCGUAAGGCUCACGGUAUUGUGACACAGAAAUUAUUGAACUAUGUAAAUGAGGUUGCCUAAGAGAAAGGAAGCCAAACUUUCUCCUAAGUUACUCUGAAAGUAUUUACUGAAAUGGUAUAGCAUAACAGAUUGAUUUUGGCAUUUAAAGUAAUUAACUACUGUCCAAAAGCAAUUUACUGGUGUCUGUAGAUAUUUGAGGGUAACUGAGUGCCGGUUGUUGUUGUAUGUAAGCCCCCGCAUAAUAAAAUGUCGGUUAUUAUUAACGUGGCCUUCGAUAAAAAUGAUUUUACGGCCUAUUCGCUCAGCACUCUUCAUUGUAUCUAUUACUUUUAUAUUUUAACGCAUUUUUAAGUCUUAGCACCGACAGCGCCCCCUAUAUUCUCUCUCGACUUGCAUCACAUUUAAUAAACAACAUUUGCAUUAUGUACCUAAAAGUUCUGAUACUUACAACUUUGUAAUAAUUCACAUGCGAAUGCGACUGUUAAAUUAGACCUUUUUUGUUUAUUGUAAUUUUACAUACUUUUAACUGUAUUAUAACUCGCUGUAUUCUUGGUUAUUUAAAGUGAUAAUGUUAUUAUUUAUUGAUGUAUUACGGAAUGUAAAAAAUAUAUUCUUUAGUACCUACUAUGUAUUUCAAUCUCUUAAAAAGUGUUAUUGUGUUGUUUGUACCUGUAAAUAUUCAAGGAAUCAUCAUCAGAUUCAUCAACUUGAAUAAAAAGCAUGGGAGGUUAAUACCUCAUUUCAAAUUGUUGCUGGCCACUUACGCAUUUUUUUUUCAAAUUUCAAAAAUUCAAUCAUCGUAACAAAUGACAUACGUCGUUGUCAAUUGUCGCAAAAGCGUAUCGAUUUUUAGAACAAGGGCGGUUCAUUUUAAAAAACGACGCCCUAGAUUCAUCAUCUUUCUCUUGAAUUCAAUGUUGGUUUGCGUAAUUUCUACCCUUUUGGUUUAGUUAUGUCAUUUAUCAAAUUGUAUUGACGACUGCUAUUAUUGGCAGCCAAUGUCAAAAGCGAGUGCGCGGGAAUUAAACUUCAGCUACUCUGAGUAAAUUCGCCACGCUGCGUAGAUCCGUGAUCAAAGUUAUGAAGAUCAAACUGCCGCGCGAUCGAUUCCCGUCGACAUCAUCGACGGACGAAAACGAAAGCGGCAACGACUGGGAGUCCGACCCCAUGCGCCAUCCGCAGCAGCAUCCCCUCUCGCACCCACAUGCCCUCCCCGGUCACCCAGGUCACCCCGGCCACCCGGGUCAUCCAGGCCAUCCGGGCCACCCGGGUCACCCAGGCCAUCCCGGCCACCCGGGUCAUCCAGCCAUGAUGCAUCCGCGCCACCCGCCGCCCCCGCAGGCUAUUCUAGCGGGAUCGGUGCGCAAACGCCGCGGGAACCUGCCCAAACACUCUGUGAAGAUCCUCAAGCGCUGGCUCUACGAUCAUCGGUACAACGCCUACCCUAGCGAUGCUGAGAAACUCGCUCUCAGCCAAGAAGCCAAUCUGACUGUUUUGCAGGUGUGCAACUGGUUCAUAAACGCUCGCCGCCGCAUUCUGCCCGAGAUGAUCCGGCGGGAGGGGCACGACCCCCUGCACUACACGAUCUCGCGGCGCGGCCGCAAGCAGCCGGGGGCCAUCGGCGUGGGGCCCAUGGUGGGGCUGCCGGGGGCCUCGACCUCGGGUAUGGCCCUGGGGCCGGGGGCCAGCGUGACUGUCACGUCCUGGGAUGGAGUUGUAGUCGAGAACGAGCCGGGAGUCCGCAACGAGUACGGCGACGGUUUGCUCGUGUACCGCAGCGGCGACGAGCUGGCCGAGCCCGAGGAGGGCUACUCCAGCGCCAUCAGCGAAGAGGAGGUCAAGUACGACCCCUCCGUGUGGCAGUCCGUCAUCCGCUACGCGCCUGACGACAGGGACUUCCACCCCGCUUCUAGAGGAACAGCGGCGGUGGUUACAGUUUCGACGACGGAGGCGCCGACUGAGUGGGCCCCGCCGCCGCGUCCGCGCCGCAUGCAGGUGAGCCCCCCGCCCGCGCCCGCGCCCCCCGUGGCCCUCGAGCUCGAGGUGGCUGCCACCGACGUCUGGUGCCACACCUACACGCACCGCGCCGAGUGACCGCGCGGUAACUGGC